AUGUCUUCCCAAUUUCCCGGCCGUCAAUCCCCCGAGCCCGAGCUCUUGAGUGGUGCGCAACAGCGCGACGUUCCCGGCAGCGGCAAGAUCGGAUCUUCGAUGAGCUCCUCAUCGAAGCCAGCGCCCGAAUUCGCCCAGAAGAAGUCGAACGAGCAGAAGCAGGAACACCUCACCAGUAACCCCGUACAUGCCCUCGAGAAGAUUGAGGCGGCGAAAUAUGCGAAAUGA